AAUCGUACGUUUCCAAGGCAAAUAGUGCGUUGUUGAUAUCAAUUUUUGGCAAUCGAUUGACAACAUCAUCAUGCCAAAGAAUUUGGACGAGGUUUUUGUAAUUUUUAAAUAAUCGGUGUAUUGAUUGUGAUCGCGUGACGUGAUUACGAACAUAUUUAGGAUGGCUCUACAUUUCAGUGGCAAUCAGUUCGAACAAGCUUACAAGCCCAAAGUUUUACGCAAUUGGGAAGUCCCGAAAAUUUAUAAUGAUAAACCGAGAAAACGUUCGGGCCGGACUCAGAUAAUUGCAAAUGAUCGGGGGCACCUUUUGCCCGGUGUCCCGAAAUCAAAAGGGAGCCCAUGGGGCAAUUUCUUAGGCACCUGGCAUUUGCCCAAGAAAAUCGACCGCAAAAAAGCUGACGAACUUAAUGGAACUUUCAACAAACGACUAACGUGUGACGAGAAAAAACGACACGAAACCGAAGAAGAGCCGAAGAAAAUUGAAGAAGAAAAAGAAGAAGAAAUAAAAGAAGAAGAAAUAAGAGAAAUUAGACCAACUGAAGUGCCACACGAAAUCAAAGAAGAGAAUAAGGAAAACACUUGUCCUUACGUCCCUGGUGACCUCACAGACGACCAACACAAACUACAUUAUGAAAUUGUGCCUCAAAACCCCCCUAAAGGAUAUCCACGUUAUCGGGACGAUUUUUCCCAACCAUUACACUUAGAAAAAACGCUCACAAGAGAUGACAUUGAGACCGAAUACCAAAAACACAAAACAAUGUCUGAACAGUUUUUUUCGCCCAAAAAUGGCACAAAAAACCGCUCAAAACCCCCAUCGCCUAUAAUCGCAGCGAUAAAAAACUUCCAAUUGGCCAAAAAACUCCACCGCGAGAAUUUAGAACACGACCCUUUACCAGACACCAUAACAAACCGAAAAUACCGCCAAUUGCAAAUGCAACGCUCACAAGAGCCAGGUCUUGCUUUAAAAAACGAAAAUUUUGCGACAGGUGUUGGCUGGAAGGGUUACCCGGGUUAUGGGCCCACAAGAUGUACAAAACUUAAAGUUUAUCGGCCGAAAACUUGCGGUCACGUUGAUAAAACGGAAAAAAAUGACGGAAGACCGAGCAGUGUCACAAGUUUUGAUCUAAAGUGGCGUUUUAUUCGCCGUAGGAAAGUAUCACCGAUUGAAUUGGCGAUUUGUUGGGACUUGAGUCCGGAAAACCCGCAAGAUGAGCCAAAGCGGACCCCACAUAUCGAUGGGUCUAAUGGUUCUUUGGCUCCAGCUGUGUUUUCACUAGUGCAUACAUCGAAGGAAGAGUUGCGGAAAAGUUCGGUGGACUCUGGGCCUUUAUUUGAAAAAGCGCCAAGUCCGCACGGGAAAGAUUUUAUCCUUGAUAGAGCCAAACCAUCGGGGGAAUCCCUGGCAGCAAAACGCGCCAAAAGUGCGACCAAUUUGAAUUGUUCGCAUGAUGAAGGGGGGAAUUUAAAUCAGAGCACUCCGAAUUUGAGCGAGUGUGGUGAUAUUAAAGUUAAAAAGUGUAUGGCUUGUGAGAUGAGGAAUGUUUCGCUUAAAGACAAAAGGAUUAAAGAUGAAUACAAAAUGGCUUUUAAAGCUGGUGUUCCGCACAAAUGUGUAAGUAAUACUAGCUAUAGAAAUGCUAGAUUCAACUUUCAAGUACCUAAACAAAAAGAUCCUUAUAGUCCCAAAAACUAUGCUAUACGUAGUUUAGCUCCACCUUUUUCUUUGCAGAAGGAUAAAAGACAGGACUAUCCCGAACAUUGGAGGCUUGCUACGGUUUAUCAACACUCGUACAAACCGAUUCAUGCGAGAAAACGUCCCUUGUUGGACACGGUUUUUAAAUAAUUUUUUUCAGGGGUAGGCUGAAAGAGAAUAGUUUUGAACUGACAAUAAUAUUUCGUGUCGUCCCAAAAUAAAAUAUGUUAUAAUAAGGAGCAUAAAUUGUGUUCAUUGUUACGACACGAAUUUACAUUGUCUUAUUUUAUUGUUGUGUAACUACUGUUACGAAUUCCACAUUCAGUAUGAUAUCAUGCUUCAAUUUAUUGUUUUUGUUAAUGGCUAUUUAUCGAUAUUAUUGCACAAUUUAUUCAGUUGUGAACGAACAUGUGAUAAAAUUGUUAAAUUAAACACUGUUUUAUUUAUUGGAAGCCGCAACAGUAAGGAGUUAAUUCUGUAUAGUUGUUCUACAAUACAAAGUUAACAAGAAUCACUAAGUUGGGAACACUAAAUUGUACGCAGUGUCAAAAACAACCAAAAAUUAAGUGCUGCCAAAGUCAUUCUUGAUCACAUUGUAUUAAAUUGUGUAAAUAAAACAACAGAAACGAUUUAGAAAAUUUAUUUGUGCUCAAUUUACAAAAAUAUUUAAAAUUUCAAUUGUCAUUCUUUUGUUUCUUCUUUUUCGCCUUCUUGCUUUUUUUGAUUGUCUUUAAAAAUUUUUCUUCUUCCUCGUCUGGAUCAAGCCCUUCCAUCAUCCACUUUUUCCUCUUAUUUAUCAUUUUCUUUUCGUAAAAAUCUUGUUCGUCGAGUUUAAUAUAAGCCUCGCUUUUGGUUACCGAAAUUUGCGUGAAAAUUUUACCAACUUCGCUAUCUAUAAUUCAAAA